UUCUCUUUCCGCCAUUUUCAUAACGCUGAUAGUUUGGAGGUGUCAUCUCGUAAUUCUUGAAUGAGAUAUUUUAAUUUCUCGAAAUUGUUCCUUUCCUAUAUAUAUAUAUUCAUCUUUUCAAUACCUUUUGCAACUUCCGCUGUUGCCGUAGUAUGCAGAAAAGUAUUUUUUUUGCCGCUAAAGUUUCAUCCUAACCUAAAUUAUGGACGAAGAUAUUUUUCCUGAUUACGACGUUAUGAAUACGAAUAGAAGGGAUUCGACUUCAUUCAAGAAGUUGCUACGGUCGACAUCGCCUUCUAUCGUGAACAACAUCGACGACGCUGCAAAGGAUUCGGAGGAAAGUGAAAUAAAAUGUGAAGCUUUAUCAACCAAGACAGCAGUUGAAUAUUUACUGAAUGGGAACCUAAAAUCUGUUGUUUGUCGGUACUGCCUGAAUACCUCGCCUGCAUUAUCUGAACUGGACCAGGUGAUGCAGAUAGCGGGUACAGGAGCCCUUUAUAAAGUGACUAUAAGAGAAAUGAUGGCUUGUUUCUAUCCAUAUAAGGUUAACCAAGACCCAAACUUUCCUGAAAAAAUAUGUCAAAAUUGUUUAGAUAGAGCAUUGAAUGCAUACUUAUUUACUCAGCAGUGCGAAAGAGCUGAAAGAGCACUACUCAACUGUUUUGAUGAUAUUUACGAGAAACUAGAUAAGCUAGAUCCAAUUAAUAGGCCUAAAAAGAGAGGCAGGCAGAAACUCAACCCUAACUACAACAUAAUACAUGCAGAACAUGAAAAAGUCAUAGAUUAUGCAGAACCAGUUAUUAACAUAAUAAACAUUGGAGCUGAAUCAUUAACAAAAGAACCAGAAUGGAAUGAAUUUGAAUGUAAAAAGUGCUGGCAAGUACUCCCAAACAUGGAAUCUCUUCUCAACCAUGAGAUAACCCAUCCGAAAUUCAUGUGGUAUCACUGCCGCCUGUGCGGUAAAUCAUUCCCGAAACUAACCCAAUUAAAAAAGCAUCAUACACAAGUCCAUAUUCAUGGUAAAGGUCCAAAAUCAGCUCCGGAAAAGAAAUUCUGCUGUAAUGAAUGUGGUAAUACAUCGGACACUUAUUCACAGCACCUUCAACAUAUAGAAAAGCAUAAGUUUAAGAGGGUUAUGAAGGAUAUUAUUGAGAAGAAGACUGACAAGCUGUGUUUGGUCUGCUUAGACAAGGGUGCAGAUUUGGUAGAACUGGAUAAAAUGAUCUGUGUGCAUGGCGGACAUCCUGAAUUAAUGGGGGAUAAGACAUUGCACACUAUAUUGGCUUCUACUCUACCUGAUAACAAACCAUACAAAUACCGGGAGUUACAUGUGCCUCAUAAAGCUAAGAUAAUGACUAUCACCAAAAGAAAAAGGAAUUUUGAUGAAAUUAAGCCCAAGAAAGACAUAUUCAUUUUAGCAUUGCCUACAAUUAUAACUGAAGCUACAUUUAAGACUAAUCAUUUUUAUAAUUAUGUAUUCUGUGAACCAAAGCUGACUGAUGUUACUAAUGACAAUAAUAAUGAAAAGAAUGAUACUCCUAAAAUUACUGAAAUUGUCGAAGAAAGUAAUAAUAAUAAUGUAGAAGUCAAUGAAGGGAAAUCUGGAACCCGUGAUGAUGUAAUUGAUGAUGAAACUGAUGUUCUAGUACAACAGAACAAAUGUAUGACUGAUGAUAAAGAUUUAAUGGAAACUAAUAAUAAUAUUGUAAAAGCUGCUCUUAUAAGGGACGGAAAAACAAGGGAUUCUCAAGUUGACCUGACCAGGAGGACCCCUUCUUAUGAAUCAGAUAAUAUUAUUCAAAGUACUUUAGAGGAAACUGAUCAACCAACAAAAAAGAUGAAAUAUUCAGAUGCGAUUGUAAUUGAACAGGAAAUAACCAAACCCAUGGCAAUGGACCAACUAUUUAAGAUAACUAAAGACAAACCUGAUAAGUAUUGCUUUUCUUAUCCUAGUUUAGAAGAUGGUAAAUGUAAAAAUAUGGAAACUACAAUGGAUGAUAGCGAAACAGUUGCUUUUAAUAAAUAUACUUUUAAAUUUACUGAACCUGAUUAUGAAUACUCUACUACUAAUAAGGAACAAAAAGAAAACACAUCUACAGCAAAUAUCAGUGCACCUGAUAUGAAUUGGCUAUUCAGUAAAUCCACGAAAACUACUAAUUUGCUUCACAAAGAAGCAGAAAAUCUAACUCAGGCUAAAGAAAAUGAUAAAUGUCAGUUAUGCUGGGUUUUUAAACAUUUAAAACAAUGUGAAUACUGCAAGAAGCCAAUAGAAACAGCACAAACUAACCAUGGAACUCCAAAAAAUGCUAUAGAAGCUACUUCUAAUCUACAAGAUACAGUUAAUGUUGAACCUAAGGCUCAACCACAUAAAGAUCAUAAUAAAAUUGACAAGAGUCCCUCAUGGCAGUGCAAAAUUUGUCUCACUGAAAACAAUCCAGAUAGAUUUACAUGCGUGUGUUGCGAAUCAAAUAAACGUACCGAUAAUGGUAAUAUCAAAAUCACAUUCGGUAACAAUCACUUCUUUGCAAAUCUACAAAAAGAUACUCUGAAAGAAAAAGAUACAAGUUUUGAAAAUGAAAGAAAUAUAGUACAUGAAGCGACAGUUGUUGAAUUUAAGGGUGUGAUUGAAAACGAAAAUAAAAUUGAUGACUCAAUUGUUUUGAAUGAAGAUCUGACUGCCCAAAUGGAUGUGGAACCAGACUAUAAUGCCAAAGAUGAACAAAUGGAUAUUGAAGAAAACCCUUCAAUACCUAAUGUCGUACAGAAUUUCUUUGCACCAAUGAAUGCACCAGUAUCUACUCCCUUACCUAAUACUCUUAAUACUUUACCAUACUUUAGUACAAACUUACAAUUUAAUAUUGGUUCACCAGGACUGGGAAAUAGGAAACCAAGAAAGUUGAGGGUAUCUAGAACAAUGUCUAGAGCUUUUCAUAAGUAAAUAAUGACUACCUUUGUCAUUGUGCUUGUUCACUGUUGGACAGAGGUCCCUACAAACUUUGCACUUAUUAAAAACGUUGUUCAUUGGUUAUGGUUAGGGAUUAUGGCAGAAUUUGUCAUCUUUUUUUUGUAUAUAGUUCAUACAAAAAAAAGAUGACUAGAAAAGAUUUUAUUGAUUUUGCCAUUAACGUAUGAUUAGACGAAAGAAAAGUCAGGAAGACGAGAAAUAUUUUCAAUAAUAACAGCUUUUUACAGCAUAUUUUAAUUUUUAAAACCAAAUCAAAUAAAAUUUUAUCUUUAGCUCAGUCGUAAAACUGAUCGUGAACACUUCAUUUGCUGUCAUCUGUGGCCGACGAUACUCAGCCUCACGAUAUUGUGUCACCUCAAUUUGCUAGCAGACAUUCUGGGGUAGUGAUGUUGUAGCUUUAUGACACUCCUCAGAAUAAGGCCGAGUUUUUCGACAAGUAUAAACCUGUUUUUUACAUCAUAGCGAGCCGCCCUAAGUCUUGACUAAUCAGUCCUUCCAAAGGUGAAUGCCGCUUGUGCAGUCUAGUGCCCUUUACCUUAUCCUGGACGUCAAGGCAACGAAACUCUUCUUCUCCUCUAAUUUUUUAUCACAGCUUGUUGGCCUUACCUAAAUUACAUUGGGCCAAAAGUUAAAAUUUCUUUUUUUUAGUUGUUAGAUUACAUAUCGGAGUCUAGACAUAUAUUUUACUACUAGCUGUUGCCCGCAAUUUCGUCCGCGUGGUUAGAAGAUAUAAAUUAGGAA